UCUGGCCCUUUUUCUCACUGUUUCCUGCAAUCAGAAAAGACUGGGAGACUAGCUGCUACCAUUCACACCUGACUGUCCCACUAGGCAGUGAGCCAGCCAACCACCUGUCGGGUGGAGGCAACCUCCCUCAAUGCCUUGUAAGCCCCAAAGGGGGAGAGAAUUUCAGUAGCUGCUGUGACUUCUGACAGAACCUUCAGAGGGAGGAUACUACCACCCACAGCCUCCCAGAGCUCACUGCAGUUCAGCCUGUACUCUCCCUAGAGGUUAGCAGCACCAAGGCCCCUGCCCCAGCAGCUCCUGGGGCUGCUGUUGGCAGGAGUGGAAACUAUGUCUCCAGCCCUCCCAAGGCUUUGGGUCCUUGUGGUCCUGGGUAUUGGGUGGCUGGGCUUGGGGCAGCAUGGAGUUGAAGCAGCGGUCCGACAUCGCUAUAUAGUUGCUCAGAUCAUCAACUGGACCUACCGCCCUCAGACUGACAACCCAAGUUUAAAGCCCUCAGAGCCUACCUUUAAGAAAAUGGUCUACAGAGAGUAUGAAGCAGGUUUCACGAAAGAAAAACCAAGAUCAAACAUUUCAGGACUUCUUGGACCUACUCUUUUUGCCGAAGUUGGAGACACUUUGAAGGUUCAUUUUAAGAAUAUGGCUAAAAAGCCUUUAACCAUCCAUCCCCAAGGAAUUGAAUAUAACAAACUGUCAGAAGGUGCCUCUUAUGAGGAUCAAACAUCCCCUGUGGAGAAGAUGGAUGAUGCUGUACUUCCUGGUCGGGAGUACACCUACACAUGGCUGAUCACUGAAGAUACUGGCCCCACAGAAGAUGACCCUCCUUGCCUCACACAUAUGUAUUACUCUUAUGACAACUUAGUAAUGGAUUUCAACUCUGGCCUUAUUGGACCUUUGCUCAUCUGUAAGAAAGGCAGCCUGACUGAAGAUGGGACUCAAAAGAUGUUUGAACGGCAACACGUGCUGAUGUUUGCAGUGUUCGAUGAAAGUAAAAGCUGGCAACAGUCGUCUUCUCUGAUGUACACAAUCAACGGCUAUGUGAAUGGAACACUGCCAGAUAUAACAGUCUGUACCUACGACCAGAUUAGUUGGCAUCUAAUUGGAAUGAGCUCUAGCCCCGAACUGUUCUCUAUUCAUUACAAUGGGCAGGUUCUGGAACAUAAUUCUCGCAAAGUCUCAGCCAUCUCCCUGGUCGGAGCCUCAUCAACCACUGCAAAUAUGACUGUGAGCCAUGAGGGAAGGUGGGAGAUAUCUUCUCUCAUCCCAAAGCAUUUUCAAGCUGGGAUGAAGUCAUACCUCAAAAUUGAAAAAUGCCCAAAAGAGACCAGAAAGGUAAAGAAAUUAACCCGUGAUCAGAGGCGUUACAUUAAGAAGUGGGAGUAUUUCAUUGCUGCAGAGGAAGUUAUUUGGGACUAUGCCCCAGUAAACAAGGAGAACAUGAACAAAAAAUAUAAAUUUCGGCACACCAGUUCAGCAAACCAAAUCGGGACACAUUAUAAGAAGGUCAUUUACAAACAGUACCAAGAUGAAACUUUCACUAAAUACAUAGAAAAUAAUGAUCCCCAAGAAACUGGUAUCUUGGGCCCUAUCAUUCGAGCCCAAGUGAGAGACACCCUCAAGAUUGUAUUCAAAAACAAGGCCAGCCGUCCCUAUAGUAUUUAUCCUCAUGGAAUAACACUUUCCACAGAAGAAAUAACUUCAAUGAAUUUUUCUACUUCAGGAAACAACACCCUGGUUAGACCUGUCCAACCAGGAGAAACUUACACUUAUAAAUGGAACAUCCUGGAGUCUGAUGAACCCACAGGAAAUGAUGCUCAAUGCCUAACAAGACCAUAUUACAGUACUGUGGACAUUACAAGGGACAUUGCCUCAGGCCUGAUUGGGCUUCUCUUGAUUUGUAAGAGCAGAACCUUGGACAACCGAGGUGUCCAGAGGACAGCAGAUUCUGAGCAACAAGCUGUUUUUGCUGUAUUUGAUGAGAACAAAAGCUGGUACAUUGAAGACAACAUAAACAAAUAUUGUGAAAAUCCCUCUUCUGUGAAACGUGAUGAUCCAAAGUUUUACGAGUCAAAUAUCAAGAGCACAAUAAAUGGCUUUUUGCCUGAGAGCAUACCGACCCUGAGAUUUUGUUAUGAAGACACAGUCCAGUGGCACUUCUGCAGUGUGGGCAUCCAGGAUGAGAUUUUGACCCUUCACUUGACUGGACACUCAUUCUUAUCUGGAAAAAGGCAUGAGGAUGUUCUGACUCUCUUCCCUAUGAGUGGAGAAUCUGUGACUGUCACAAUGGAUAAUGUUGGAACCUGGAUGCUGACUUCUAUAAGUUCCAACCAGAGAAGCCAAAACCUCAGGCUGAGAUUCAGUGAUGUUAAAUGUAUAAGGCAUUACGAUGAUGAUUCCACUGAAAUUUUAUUAUAUGAGGAAGAAGAAAAGGCUGUCACAGAGAAGAAUAAAGCCACCACCAGAAACAUGCCUGAUUCAACCGACGAUGAAGGGGAAGAUGAUAGUGAUUACCAGGAUAAACUGGCUUUUCUGCUUGGUAUUAGAUCAUUUAAAAAUUCAUCAGGACCUCAGGAGGAGGAUGAGCUUCUUGAUCUGAUUGCUUUGUUUCCAGAGGAAAUCUCUGAAAUGAUUCCCUUAAAUGUGCGUGCAUCUUUGCAUACCUCUCAGCCUUCUCCAAAAGACGGCGCUAGCAUCCCCAAACUUCAAGCCACUCUUCCUUUCUCAGUCAACACAACUGGACCUCCCUUGGAGCACACCACCAAUACAGGUACACACCCCAUUGCAUUACAUUCUGUAGACUCCAUUCUGAAGGACCCCAGGUCCCAUUCUCAAGAACUUGUCACGAAGGAUAUGCAUUCAGCUGUCAUGGAGACAGCCUUGUCUCCUCUUACGGCAGAAGAAUUCCAGAGCCAAGAAGAUGCCAAGAAGGAGGCUUCUAAAUUUGCCAGUACCUCAGCAAGUCAACCUGAGGCAGAAAUAAAUACAUCAACACAAUCCAAUCAUAUACAGGUAGACCUACCAACAGGUAAUGUGAGAGUGAAUUUAACUCUAGAACAGCCCAAUCUCCAAAGCAGUGGCAUUCACAACUCCAGAGAAGGAACACAAGAUCUUCUAGAUAAACUGGUAGUUGUUAACCAGAAGAACACACCAAAGGUUUUUAAUGGGAAGUGGAAUUUGGUUUCUGAGAGAGGGAGCUAUGAAAUCAUCAAAGAUACAAAUGAAAAUGAGGCUGAAGAUAAGCUGUUGAACAUCCCUCAGAAUGCUGCAGCAUCUUGGGGAGAAGGAAUUCCUUCUUCUAAUAGGCGCAAACCUUUAAUAACAGGAAGGAAUAGACCAAAUGGUAGGUUCGGGAAAUCUUCAGCUUUGAUUAAGACCCGAAAAAGGAAGAGAGUCACUAAGUUUGCGCACAAUUUACUGAUGUCCCCCAGAGGUUUCAAGCCUCUACAAGGAAGGUACAAUGUCGCAUUGCCCCAUACUCAGCCCAAUCAUUCAUUCAUCCCCAAUGAAUCCAUUGAGAUGCCAUCCCCUAAAGACCUAGAACAAGUAUCCCCCACUCUAGACCAUGAUCAGAAUUUCCCCACUGUGGACUUGGAUCAGACAUUUUCUCCAUUAGAGUUUAGUAAAAUAUCCUCUGAUCCAAAGUUCAAUGCAACAUUCUCUAUUCUUAACCUUGUCACUACAAAUGAUCCCCCAGAUUUCCAUCAGACAUCUUCCCCUCCAGAUCUUAAUCAGACUCCUUUUUCUCCCUACCUCUAUGAGACAACUGCUCCCUCAGACUCCUAUGAGACAGCUCUGUAUCCAGAUCCCUAUGAGACAAUCCCCACUCAGGACCCCUUUGAGACAAUCCCCACUCAGGACCCCUUUGAGAUAAUCCCCACUCAGGACCCCUUUGAGACAAUCCCCACUCAGGACCCCUUUGAGACAAUCCCCACUCAGGACCCCUUUGAGACAAUCCCUACUCAGGACCCCUAUGAGACAACUCCAUAUCCAAACCUUUAUGAGACAAUCCCUACUCAGAAGCCCUUUAAGACAAUCCCCACUUCGGACCCCUAUGAGAUAAUCUCCCCUCCAGACUCCUUUGAGACAAUCCCAACUCUGGAGUCCUAUGAGACAGCUCAGAAUCUAGACCCCUAUGAGACAAUCUUACCUCUGGACCCCUUUGAAACAAUUCCCGCUCUGGAGUCCUUUGAGCCAAUCUCCUCUCCAGAUCCCUUUGAGGCAAUCACCACUCUGGACCCCUUCGAGACAACUCCAUAUCCAGACCCCUAUGAGACAAUCCCCACUCAGGACCCCUUUGAGACAAUCCCCACUCAGGACCCCUUUGAGACAAUCCCCACUCAGGACCCCUUUGAGACAAUCCCCACUCAGGACCCCUUUGAGACAAUCCCCACUCAGGACCCCUUUGAGACAAUCCCCACUCAGGACCCCUUUGAGACAAUCCCUACCCAGGACCCCUAUGAGACAACUCCAUAUCCAAACCUCUAUGAGACAAUCCCUACUAAGAAGCCCUUUGAGACAAUCCCCACUUCAGACCCCUAUGAGAUAAUCUCCCCUCCAGACUCCUUUGAGACAAUCCCAACUCUGGAGUCCUAUGAGACAGCUCAGAAUCUAGACCCCUAUGAGACAAUCUUACCUCUGGACCCCUUUGAGACAAUUCCCGCUCUGGAGUCCUUUGAGCCAAUCUCCUCUCCAGAUCCCGUUGAGGCAAACACGACUCUGGACCCCUAUGAAGCAUCCUUCCUCCCAGAUCUCAAUCAGACUUCCUCCACUUUGGAUCUGGAUCAGACCUAUUUCCUAACAGAGGCUGGUCAGAUAUUCUCUGCUCCAGAGUUCAAUGAGAACUUCCCUCCAGACCUUGGUCCUAGCCCUUCCUCUCCAGUCCUUGAAUCAAUAUCCCAAUCACUUCCACCCAGAACCAAUGUUCCAUUGAUACCAAGACAGUUUAAUCCAGAAAUCAUAUUGGGCUUUACCCAAGAUGAUGGAAAUUAUGUUGAGUAUAUUCCAGGGCAGGACAUCAAAGACAAUGAAGAUGACGAUUAUGUUGAAGACAUCUUUGUACACUAUGAUGACCCUUAUCAAACAGACAGAAGGACAGACACCAGCUCACUCCGAAACCCUGACACCAUUGCAGCGUGGUAUCUCCGAAGCCACAAGGGAAACAGAAAAAAUUAUUACAUUGCUGCUGAGGAAGUCCUUUGGGAUUAUUCCAAAUUCUCCAAAAGCAUGAGGAAGGCUGAUGAUGCUGGUGACAUCGUAGAGAACACAGUGUAUAAGAAAGUGAUUUUUCGGAGCUACCUGGACAGCACCUUUUCAAUGCCUGAUCCUCGGGGAGAGAAUGAAGAGCACCUUGGUAUACUUGGUCCUAUUAUCAGGGCUGAGGUGGAUGAUGUGAUCCAAGUUCGUUUUAAAAACCUAGCCUCCCGGCCGUAUUCUCUUCAUGCCCAUGGACUUUCAUAUGAAAAAUCAUCAGAAGGAAAGAGCUAUGAAGAUGAUUCCCCUGAAUGGUAUAAGGAUGACAAUGCCAUUCAACCCAAUGGCAGUUAUACUUACGUAUGGCAUGCGACAGAACGAUCCGGCCCCGAAAAUCCUGGGUCUGCCUGUCGGGCUUGGGCCUACUAUUCAGCUGUGAAUCCGGAAAAAGAUAUCCAUUCGGGCCUAAUAGGCCCCCUUCUGAUCUGCCGAAAAGGAACACUCCAUAAAGAAAGCAACAGGCACAUAGACAUGCGAGAGUUUGCCCUACUUUUUAUGGUCUUUGAUGAAAAGAAGAGCUGGUAUUUUGAUAAAAAGCCCAAAAGGAGCUGGACAGGCUUAUCCUCAGAAGAGAAAAACACACACAGGUUUCACGCCAUCAAUGGUCACAUCUACAAUUUGCCAGGACUAAGGAUGUAUGAAAAGGAAAAUGUGAGAUGGCACUUGCUGAACAUGGGUGGUUCCCAAGACAUCCAUGUGGUUCACUUUCAUGGCCAGACCUUGCUGGAAAAUGGGACCCAGCUACACCGUUUGGGGGCCUGCCCCCUGCUUCCUGGUUCAUUUAAGACUCUUGAAAUGAAGGCAUCAAGAUCUGGCUUAUGGCUCUUAGACACUGAAGUGGGAGAAAAUCAGAUAGCAGGAAUGCAAACACCAUUCCUUAUAAUAGAUAAAGAAUGCAAGAUGCCCAUGGGCUUAAGCAGCGGCAUUAUAGCAGAUUCCCAGCUAAGUGCAUCUGAGUUUCUGGGUUAUUGGAAACCUAAAUUAGCGAGGUUAAACAAUGGUGGAUCUUACAAUGCUUGGAGUACAGACAAACGAGCACAUUCUCCUCAGUCUGAACCCUGGAUCCAGGUGGACUUUGAAAGAGAAGUUGUUCUUACUGGGAUACAGACCCAGGGAGCCAAACAGCACUUCACAUCCUACUACACCACCCAGUUCUGUGUUGCCUACAGUUCCAACAAAAGAAUGUGGCAGUACUUCAAAGGGAACAGCACUUCAAGACAGUACUUUGAGGGUAAUUCAGAUGCCUCCACCAUCAAAGAAAAUUCCUUUGACCCACCCAUUGUGGCUAAAUACAUUAGGAUUUCCCCAACCCAUUCCUACAAUAGGCCAACUCUCCGUCUGGAAUUGCUGGGCUGUGAGGUCCAAGGUUGUUCCACACCUCUGGGGAUGGAAAGCCUAAAGAUAGGAAAUAACCAGAUUACAGCUUCAUCAAUUAAAAAGUCUUGGUUGGGAGGUUACUGGUCACCCUUCUAUGCCCGUCUCAAUGCUCAAGGCCGUGUGAAUGCCUGGCAAGCCAAGUCAAACAACAACAAACAGUGGCUGCAAAUAGACCUGCUCAAAACCAAGAAAAUAACAGCGAUCAUAACGCAAGGCGCCAAGUCUUUCUCGAAUGAAAUGUACGUGAUGACUUAUGCUAUCUUCUACAGCGAUCACGGCACAGAAUGGAAACCAUAUAAGGACAAAUCGUCCAUGACGGAAAAGAUUUUUGUGGGAAAUGUUGAUCCCAAAGGACAGGUCAAGAAUUUUUUCAACCCUCCCAUCUUUUCUAGGUUCAUCCGUAUCAUUCCCAAGUCAUGGAAUCAAAGCAUUACUCUUCGAUUGGAACUCUUUGGCUGUGAUAUUUACUAGAGCUGGGGUAGAUAUUAUGCAUUCAAAAGCAGAGAAAUACCCUUUGAGUUCUCAAAUGCUUUAGAACUGGUCAUUUAUUUUAUAGUUGUUUCUAAAUGUCAGACUUCAAAAAAUGUUUCUACUGUUGCUUUCUUCCCCCUCUUACCUAGAAGAAACAGGUUUUAUAUGUGAGACUUUUCUAGUUUAUUUUUCCCCACCAUGACAUAAGAAGAUAGCUCUGAUUUGGCAGCAUUGAUUACAUUAACAUAGAAAAAUAACGAGGGUUAUUAGUACCCAGCUGAAUUAAAUCAUUGUUAAUCACAAAUGGAAUCUUGAUUGUUUCUCUAGAACACUCAAAUGUGGGUGAUUUUUAGCCCAGAUGUCCUUAUUAGCAUAGGCUAUUAAUAGUGUUAAUGUGUUCUACUCAUGUUUCCAGGAAAGUGAUUUUCAGUCAUGAACCUGAAGCAUUUGGAAAGUUGGUCAGAGAUGAGAUGAACAAUUUCUAGGGUGAAGACUUUUUUGUUUGUUUGUUUGUUUUAAAUUUUUUUGGUGUGAGGCAAUUGGGGUUAAGUGACUUGCCCAGGGUCACACAGCUAGUAAGUGUUAAAUGUCUGAGGCCGGAUUUGAACUCAGGUCCUCCUGACUCCAGGGCCGGUGCUCCAUCUACUGCGCCACCUAGCUGCCCCCAGGUUGAAGACUUUUAAACCCUGUGAAGUCACCAAUAAAAAAAACUACUGUUUUGCAAUAACAAA